AUGGCAUUUUCAAAAAAAAGAAAAGAGGACGUGGAGUGCCAAGUUUUCCAGGAAAAAUGGACUGAGAAUUAUUUAUUCACAGAAGUGAAUGCAAAACCAGUGUGCUUGGUAUGUUAUCAGCAAGUUGCGGUGUUCAAAGAGUUUAAUAUUCGGCGCCACUAUGAGACUCAGCAUAAAGACAAGUAUGACCACUUGAAAGGACAAAUAAGGAAAGACGAGAUAAACAAAUUGGUCACUGGUCUGAAGAAACAGCAGUCUGCUUUUACGCGCAGCCAUGAUAUUCCUGAUGGAGCUGUAAGAGCGAGCUACAUUAUUGAAUUUGUAAAAACAUGCAUGCUGAAGGCUGCAGAAGUCGUGUGCCCUGAAAAGCGACCUGCCUUUGCCAAUAUUAGUCUAACGAGGAACACUAUCGCAGAUCGGGUGACAGAACUCUCAAGUGAUUUGAGCAGCCAAACGAAAGAGAAAAUCAAGUCAUUUAUCGCAUUUUCAAUUGCAAUAGAUGAGAGCACUGAUGUCACAGAUGUGGCUCAACUGGCAAUGGAGCGCUGGAUAAGCUGUGCGUUUGAAGGCACAGGACCGUCCCGAUAA